AUGUCUAUUUUUGAUCGCAGUCGACUUCUUCGGUGGAAAAUGGGAUGGCUCCCAGCUCGACCCAUCGGAUGUAAUAAAUGUGGGGCUCCACAUGCAUCCCGAAACCAUUUACUCUCUUGCCUCUCUGUUCAUGCACGACUCAAUCUACCCAUCAGCGCUGAACCCAACCCAAUUGACUACUUUUUGAACACCUAUCUCCCAAAAAAGAAGCCUAAGCUCUCUCCCGUUAUGCGUACAACACCUUUGUCGUCAAAACAAAAACACCUUGUCGAAUAUUGGCCGGUGCUCUGUACCAUAAUGCUCGAAAUUGAUCAAAUCUGUCAUCCUGAUACCGAGUUUACUGGAGCCGCACUUACAACUAGCGAAAUUCCACUUUUGAAGUGGUUCGUCGUUUGUGAUUCUGAACAACAUCGUGAAUCUACACAAGAAGACUAA